AAACAAUUAUGCAUUAGCCUAACAAUGGCUGCGCCCAUUGGAAUUAGAUUUGCUAGGCUUCUUAACAAUUUAUAUUUUAAAAAUCGCUGCAAGCCUUUAAAUUAUUGUACUACAACUUCAACAGAGACGAAGGGAGAUGAAAACCGAUCAAUUGAGACCGACACACAUUUUGGAUUUCAACGCAUGUCUAAAAAGAAGAAAGAAGAGAAAGUGUUUGAAGUUUUCAAAAAUGUUGCGGAGACCUAUGACACUAUGAAUGAUAUAAUGAGUGGUGGAAUACACAGAUUAUGGAAAGAUCGUUUUAUGAGUGUUUUACAUCCAACACCUGGAACAAAACUUCUAGAUGUAGCCGGUGGCACAGGUGAUAUUGCAUUCAGAUUUUUAGACUUUGCAAAAUAUCAAAGUGCUGAUGAUUCAUUGAGUGAAAUAGACCAGCAGGGGGAAGGGAAACAGAGGAUGGAAGUCCCAACAUCAGUAUUUCCAUCUGAUAAUUCAUCCCAUGUUGUUGUUUGUGAUAUUAAUCAAAACAUGUUGAAAGUUGGACAAACAAGAGCUCAAGAAAAUAAUUAUGUUCAAGGUAUGAACUACCAUAGAUGUGAUUACAUUAUUAUACAAAUAUCAACAGUCAUCAACUCUGGAAUAUCAAUCUCAGCCUCCAAAACACCCGGGGUUACUCUUGAUUCCAUAGAGAAGUUAUAUUUCUGUCAUAGUGUAAUGCCAAAAUAUUGUAGUUCUAGUUAUGAUUUAAUGGAGAAAUUUAACUGGUACAUCUUGUUAGUGUAUUUAGAUUUGUAUAUGCAAUUAUUUAUCAAUUUGUUUGUUGUUCUGCAGGCCUUGGAUGAAGCAUACAGAGUUCUGAAACCAGGUGGACGAUUCUUAUGCCUGGAAUUCAGCCAUGUGAAUAAUCCAGUUUUGCGGUCAGUCUAUGAUACCUACUCAUUUCAAGCCAUUCCUGUGUUUGGUGAAGUCAUUGCUAGCGAUUGGAAGUCGUACCAGUAUUUAGUGGAGAGUAUUCGGCAGUUCCCAAAUCAGGAUGAAUUUCAAUACAUGAUUGAGGAUGCUGGUUUUAGUUUAGUAAAAUAUGAGAAUUUAACCUUUGGAGUUGCAGCUAUUCACUCUGGAUUCAAAUUAUGAUUAUAAUUUAUAGUAUAACAACAAAUAAACACUGUAGGUAGGAAAUAAUCACUAAAUUUAACUGAAAAAAAUAUUUUCAUAGUCUUCAGUUAUAUACAGGUUAUUCUUCAGCCGAUUGUUAUAAUAAAAAGCGUUUAUCUUGUAAUUCAAACCAAGCUUGCUUGCUAGGACGAACAUUAAAUGUAGAGGGUACAAAUGCAAUGUACAGGCUACUGUAGUUUCCAGUAGUUGAAGGGAAUUUGAGACCCUAAAACAGCUGGCAUAAAAGACAUCUGGAAACAUAUAGUGGAUUAAAGGAAUGUGAGACUUAGGGGAAUUGUGCAUCAUUCCAAUACAGGAGGGUGAUACCUAGAGGCCUACAAAUGCCGAAUCCGGGCAACAUAAAUGUUCUUGUUUUGGAAUGUGAGAAUUUCAAAAUAAAAAAUAGAACCCUAAAUAAAUCUACAUAUUGUUCAUAUUGUAUUAUAUCAUUGUAGUGAAUAAUGAAAAUAAACAUCAAGUCAUUGAAA